AAAAAGUAACCUCAUCUUAUGUUUAUUUGCAUAAAUUUCCCUCUGAUUUUUGUUUUAGGUUAUGUUAUUGUAACUAAAAUACAGUUUUACUUCAGCAGCCUGCGUAUUAUUUAGCAAAGCCGUAGAUGUAAUGUAGAGGGACGAAGCAGAAGAAAAGAUUGAUUGGCCAUCGAAGGAAUAACAAUGAAAAAUAAAUUAAAUAUCGUAGAUUUGUUUGAUGAAGCAAGGGGCAAUCAAAGCUAUGUAAAAGUUUGCGCUCCCAUGGUCAGAUACAGCAAAGUGCAGUUUAGAACACUUGUUAAAAACUAUGGCGUCGACUUGUGCUUUUCUCCAAUGAUAUUAGCAGACUCAUUUUGUCAAAACUCAAAGGCUCGCUAUAAUGAGUUUGCAACAACAGUCAGUGAUUCUCCCUUGAUUGUUCAAUUUGCAGCAAACAAUCGAGACGACUUUGUUGAUGCCUCAAAACUCGUGUACGAAUACGCAGAUGGUGUGGAUUUGAACUGUGGCUGCCCACAAAAAUGGGCCAUGAAAGAUGGUUAUGGUUGUGCCCUAUUAUCAAAACCUGAAGUAAUACAUGACUUAGUAAGAGGUAUCAGGAAUAGUUUGCCUAAUAGUUUUAGUGUUUCUGUUAAAAUAAGAAUAUUGAAAGAAUUGAAUCGUACCAUUGAGAUGUGCCAGCAGUUAGAAAAGUGUGGAGUAAGUUUCUUAACAGUUCAUGGAAGGACUCCUACACAGAAAAGUGGAGAUAAAGUUAAUGCAGCUGCUCUACGGGAUGUGGUGGAUUCUGUGAAGAUACCUAUCAUUGCAAAUGGAGGUAUAAAGACAUUGGAUGAUGCUGAUAAUUUGCAUGAACAAGUCAAAUGUAGUGGUAUAAUGGCUGCUAGUGGCCUUUUGACCAACCCUGCAUUAUUUAGCGGAGCUACAAGGACUCCCUUAAGUUGUGUAAAAAUGUGGAUGGACAUGAAAGAUAAAGAAAGUGACAAAAUAACAUUUCAAUGUUACCAUCACCACUUAGUUUUUAUGUUAGAAAAAGUAUUAACUAAACAAGAGAAACAAGUGUUCAAUCAUUUAAAGUCAUUUGAAAGUGUUGAUGUGUUCCUACAGGAAUAUUUAUUGAAUUCUGUUAAUGAUAAUAUAGAGUUUAAGUAUAAUUUAGAUGAAUUUAUCAAUUGUGAAUUUGCUGAUGAGAUUACACUAAAACAUUCUACAAAAUGUAGGGGUUGUAGUAAAAGUAUGACCUAUUGCAUUUGCAAUAAAUAUGAUUCAAAUAUAACUGAUGGGAAUUAUUUUGUAUCCUGUGUUAAAGAUAGUGAAUCAGUUGAUUAUAUGGACUUAAAUAUUUUUGAUGAAACUUGUUAAGUUACAAUAGCUGUAUAUUUUGAAAAUAUAAAUCUAAUUUUGUUGAACAAA